GUGUACUUUUUGCAAUCUGCAAGUUCUGUAUCGGUUUGUUACCUAGUUACUAUCGAAGCGUUUAUGUUUUAAAUUGUGUGAUUAAUCUAAAUUUCUUUAAUUGGUGAUCAUUAAUUACAUCUACGUGCUUUGGGUUCGAAAUUCUACGAAUUGAUAGUACGUUUCGUGUAUUGGGUGUACCUCUUUUUGCAUCGAGUCUAGCUUUCUCUCAAAAGGUUUUUGAUGCUAUAAACUUCAACAUCGACGAAGCUUCUGUUUCACGAUUUUCAUAAGCUCGGAUCUAUUCAAAGGUAAAAAAUGCCGGCGCCAGCUCCGCCAGCCGUCGAAGGCGCUGGUCCUCCGAGGACCGAACUGCAAGAAUUACAGUAUAAAUCCGGACAAGUUGUAGAUGAAUCAUUGGAAAGUACCCGACGUAUGUUAGCAUUAUGCGAAGAGAGUCAUCAGGUCGGAGUGAAGACGCUAGUCAUGUUGGACGAACAAGGCGAACAACUGGACAGGAUCGAAGAAGGAAUGGAUCAAAUUAACGCCGAUAUGAGAGAAGCUGAAAAAAAUUUAACUGGAAUGGAAAAAUGUUGUGGUAUUUGUGUUCUUCCGUGUAACAAGUCAUCAAGUUUUAAAGAAGACGAAGGUACAUGGAAAGGCAACGACGAUGGUAAAGUAGUUAAUAAUCAACCUCAACGUGUAAUGGACGAACGUAAUGGCCUUGGACCGGCUAGCGGAUACAUAGCCAAAAUAACAAACGAUGCUCGUGAAAAUGAAAUGGAAGAUAACAUGUCUCAAGUAAACACAAUGGUUGGUAAUUUAAGAAAUAUGGCAUUAGACAUGGGUUCAGAGUUACAAAAUCAAAACUCACAAAUCGACAGGAUUAAUCGCAAGGGUGAUUCAAACCAGUCUCGAAUUGCAUCUGCGAACCAGCGCGCUCAUGAUUUAUUGAAAUAAUUUUAGAUUCCAUCUUUUUUUUUUUGUUUCUCGCCGUUUCUCUAUUUUUAUUUCCUUAAUGUCUUAUUUUAUUAUAAAAAUUUAGUCUGGUACAAUAUUUUUUUGCAUAAUAAUAGUCCUUUAUUCGUACCUAUUAAAGCUCUCAUAAUGCUUUAGCUUCGAUAGUGACUAGAUUUACCACACAAAUGCCUUUAUACCAACUUUAUACCUAUUUUUACGUACUUACCCUGUAACCUACGUUCCCAGUAAUUUGUAAAAAAUCAAAAUUUCAUUUCCAUUUCGUUAAUCGAACAAUUUUAUUUUUGAAUUUUGCGCAAUUUUUUGAGCUACCGUUACAAUUUUAGCUUUUGUUAAUUUAUUUUAUUUCUUUUUUUUACAGUAAGUUUAUAUGGUUUUUUUUCUUUAAAGAUAAGAAAUCUUCGAAAUAGUAUUUUAAAUUUUAAAGUGAUAAAAUUGUAGUUAAAAGGCGAUAUUUUGGGAACAUUGUUUACCUAAUUAAAUUAUAAAAGUUUUGUGAAACUUUUUUUUUUUAAAUUGUUUGUUAUUUCUAGUUGAUUAUAAUGUUACAUUACGGAUUAUAGAUUCAAUGGUUAUUUAAACAUUUUAACGUUAAGUCAUAACAUCAUCUAUUCGUACAUUUUCUGUGGGUGGUUACUGCUGUGAUAUUUGUCUGCAAAAAAUCAGAUGUGUCUGCGUCGAAAUUCGAAAUCUAAUGGAUUUCGGCGUAAAAAUGACCUCUGUUUUAAAUGAAGAAUUAAAAAAAAAAGUUAAUCUCAUUGUCAGUACCACGCUACUUUGUUUUUACCAGUGCGCUUUUAUUUGUGAGAUAUAUUUUAGAUAAUUUGUUACGUACGUUACAAAUACACCAUAACAUUAUUAUUCGAAUUUAAUUUCCAUGUUUUUUUUCUUUUUUUAAAAAUGUUUUCUUGUUAAGGGAUGUUUUGUUUUGAGCACUUCACGUUACGAAUAUUUGAACGUUGUUGUUUUUUCUUUUUCGUUUCAUUUCAAUACGCGACUUUCAUUUUUCAAAUUUUAUUCUCAUUGUAUUGGAAAUAUGAAAGUGCCGUAUGACGUCGAGUUUAUUGAAGUACAUAUCUUGAAAAAAAUUCUAACCAACUCGUAUAAUCAUGCUUUACCAUUUUUAAACACAGACGGAGAGCAAUUCGUGUAUAAUACGAGCAAUACCUCAACGUGUUAUGGUAUCCAAUACCUACCUUUGAAAAUUUUAAUUCGUUGCUUAUCUCUGAUUUUUAAAAAAAAGCUACCUUUUUUUAGUUGUGAUAACGUGUUAUUCGAGGGGAAAAAAUUGUAUAGGAUAGUUAGAAGGAUGGAUGAUUUGUUGGUAUUUUAAGGGUUUUAUUAUUACUGAUCGCGAGUUACUUGUACUUUACGAUAAAGCAAUUUUUGUUAUACCUAAUGUGGAAGAUAUAUUCACUUUACCAAAUUAUUUUUACAAAUUUUUAGUUAUUUAUUGAAUGAUUAUAUUUAUUUUGUAAGAAACGAUGAAUAAUUUGGAUGAAAAUAUGUAAAAUAUUUAUUCAACAGCUACGCAAUACAUUUAGCUACGUGAAUAUUAGUACUAUCAUUACCUUCGCGGUAUUACGCUUUAUGCAAUAUUUUUGUUAUUAUAAAUUUUAUUUUAUUUUAAAUACUCAAAAAAUAUUGUUCUAGAUAUUUUAAUUUGUUGCAUGAUAUUUUAUUGUUAUAUUACGUUUUAUAGGUAAUAUUAAAAUACAUUUUGAAUUAAACGUU